AUGACUGCCUUAGACGAUGCUCUGGAGGCUCCCGAAUGGAGCAGCCUCGGAGCUGUCCGAACAGCGAUUCGGAAGCAGCUAACGCAACGAGGUCCAGGAGCCACAAAUCCGUCGGAGGAUGUUAUAAAUCACUGGUCGGGGGAAAUGAUGGGGGUGUUGAACGACAUGAACAGCGCUAAAGCCGAUGCCAUGAAGGAUUUGGCACCUGGAGAUCGCCGAGCAUGGAAGGUGUGCGAGGAGGGUCCGGAGCAUCGAGCCAUGGUGCGGAAGGGUCCGGAAGGGACGGAGGUGCACACGCUGCUGAUGGAGGGGAUCGUGAACGGACCCGUGGAAGCAGCGGUCGCCAUGACUCGCGAUGUCACCUUCUUUAAAGAAUGGUGGCCGCAGCAGAACAUGCCUGUGUACAAGGUGAUUGAAAACCGGUACCUGAAGCGAAUUGGCGACGGCUUCGACCUCACCUAUAUGAGGUUCAGAACCCCUUGGCCGUUUCCCGGGAAGGAGUUUGCGUUUAUGCUCUUGAGCGUAUACGACGCCAACACGGGCAUGGUCACCACGGUCCUGCAGACGCCGCCAGAAGACAACGCUCUCAUCGACCCAGCCAAGCACGGUUUCCCCCGAGAAGCUGUUCCACCUGUACCCUCCGGCGUGGUCCGCAUGGCCAUCAACGGUGGCUUCACCGUGAAGGACCUGGGAGAGAAUCGCUGCCACUAUCGGGGAAUCUUCACCGUCGAUCUCAAGAUGCCGCCCGCACUGGUCAACUUCGUCACCAAGGGGUUUGGCGGGAUGCUGUUCACGGUGUUCAGUAAGGAGAUCGAAUCGGAUCUGGCGGAUACGAAGGGCAGCAAGGGGAGGGCGUUCCGGAAGGUUCUGGAGGAGGAGCAGCUGUAUGUGCGGAUCAGAGAGGCCAUGCUGGAGCACCGUGCCCGGAAGGAGAAGCAGGGGGGGAGACUUGGGGGAGGAGGGAGAGGAGGAGUGUCAGCAGCAGUGGCAGAAGCAGCAGCUGCAGGGGCGGGCGGAACAGGGAUGGGAGGGGAUGGGGUGGAGGACGACGAAGAGUGGGAUGGAGGAGAGUCGGAGGCACCAGGGGUACAAAUCGCCGCAUGA